GAUGGCGGGGCAAAGUGUUGGAGUGUCGAGACGCGGUGCUUCAGGUACUCAGUCGCGCGGGCAGCUUGCAGCUGGACGGGACCUCCUUGCCCGUGAGCAAGAGUACAUGCGUUUAAAUGCAGAAUUGGAAGCAAAAGCUGCUAAUCUGGUUCGACAGGCUGAGGAAGUAAUAAGAGAGCAGCAAGAAGUGCAAGCUAGGCCUUUUUCAACACUAAUUACAUCAUGCAAAGAGGAAGAUGCUUACAGUUCGAGAGAUCUGUUGUCCUAUGAAGGGAUGGCUCAUCCAUGGUUAGAAACAAAGCCAAAGACCAAAAACACUGGUCCUAUAAACAAGAUUCAAAACAGACUCCACUCUGCAGAUAAAGAAAGGAAAACAAAUUCAAGUGUUAAACUGAAAUAUCCUGAUGUACAAACUGCCAAUGAUGUGGCCAUUCCAGACGAUUUCUCAGACUUUUCCUUUGCCAAGACAAUUAGCAGGAUUGAAGGGCAGCUGGAAGAGGCCGGCUUGCCUGAGAGUGCAGAGGACAGCUUCUGUGGUGUUAGUAAGGACAUUGGGACAGAGGCUCAGAUCCGAUUUCUAAAAGCCAAACUCCAUGUGAUGCAGGAGGAGCUGGACAGUGUUGUGUGUGAAUGCAAUAAGAAGGAGGAUGAAAUUCAGGACUUAAAAUCCAAGGUGAAAAAUUUGGAAGAAGACUGUGUGCGACAACAGCGAACAGUUACGUCCCAGCAGUCCCAAAUAGAAAAAUAUAAGAAUCUUUUUGAAGAAGCAAAUAAAAAAUGUGAUGAAUUACAGCAGCAGCUGUCAUCAGUAGAACGGGAAUUAGAAAAUAAAAGAAGAUUACAAAAACAGGCUGCCACAAGUCAGAGUGCCACAGAGGUGCGCUUGAAUCGAGCUCUCGAAGAAGCAGAAAAGUAUAAAGUGGAGCUGAGUAAACUCAGGCAAACUAACAAGGAUAUUACAAAUGAAGAACAUCAAAAAAUUGAAGUGUUGAAAUCAGAAAACAAGAAGCUAGAAAGACAAAAAGGAGAAUUAAUGAUGGGGUUCAAGAAGCAGUUGAAAUUAAUUGACAUUUUGAAAAGGCAGAAGAUGCAUAUUGAAGCUGCCAAGAUGCUGUCUUUCAGUGAGGAGGAGUUUAUGAAGGCUCUUGAGUGGGGAAGUUCAUGAGUGAGCAAUUCAAUUUGAUGCUUAUUUGUGUUAGUUUAUGUCAAAUUGUAGCUGUCUGACUGUUGAUGAGUAAUGAGAACAUUUGUGAGAUAAAGGGUUAGAUAAUGACCGGUUGAGGUAAACAGAAUGUCGGAAGAUGUUAGGAUAAAGCCAGACUGCAACUCUGUCUGACUUCCUUUUUCAUUAAUAGUUGUGAAAUAAAGAAGCAAGACUUCGACUUUUAAUUCCUUUUUAUGAUCUACCAGACCUGGGAGAGGACAGAGAAAAUGGCAAGACUCCAGAGAUCCCAACCCACAGCUACUGAGGUCUGCCUGAAGGCCUACAUGUCACCAAGGCUGCUACAUCAAACAGCAGUGAUGCAGGCUGGAACCAGGCUCUGUCUUGAGGGGCUGUAUGUGUAUUCUUUUUUCAGUGAUUGUGCACACAGAGAUAUACUCUGAAGUAUAUCUCAGGGCAGGGAACACCUAGGUAAGAAGUGACAGCACCUAAUUGUAGCAAAAGAAAAGCUUUGUUGAGGGUGAGGGCAGUUUUACACUUCCUCCAGCACAGCACAGAAAGACAGGGGAAAGCUACUUCAUGGUCUCCAGCACUGGGCUCAUUACAGUAAAGCCUAGCAGAUUCUUGGUUCAACUCCAGACCAGUAAAUAUGCUAAACGGGAACCCAUGGUUCCUGCAAGAUAGACUGAAGUCCCAGCACACAUCACUCUGGUCAACUGCCUUGCAUUGUGUCUGAACUUACAAACCUCCCCAGGUGACAGGCCUUGGUCAGCUGUGGGCUUCUAGUGCCUGUGCUCCCACACCCUGUCAGCUUCUUGUAUUGUAGUCCAUUCUGAACUAGUUGUGAUGAUCCCGGGCUUGAGGCACCCUGAAGUGCUGCAGUGAACUCACAUCUAGACCUAAAGAGAUUCUGACAAGAGUAGCUGGACAUUCUAGGUUGAAGUAAGUGCCUGCUUUCCCAAUGCAUGGAUGGUGAUGCCUGCCCAUAAGGAUUAAAAGUGUUGGGGACAUUGCCAGAGAAACUAAGGUGCCAUUGGUUGACCCCAAGGACAUAUACAAAUUGACUGAUGAUUCAAAUGAGAGGUUUUAUUUUAAAAUGACAAUUCAAUAAUCAGUGAGCAAAGUGAGAAUGUAGUAGUGUCGAGUAUUAAUAGGAGGAUCUGUGAACCUGGAGACAGUCAGUGCAGACUCACAAGAGGGCAGGAGGGCAGCUUCAUGAGUACACACGAGAAGCUGGCACCUAAGACGGACUAAAGAAACAUUUUCUCAACUGGGAACAUAAAAUGUUCACGGAAAGGAAGAUCCAUGGGUUCUAAUGAUUUAAUCCAAGUGACAUUAGCCCAUGGUAUAGAAUCAGCCUGUCAAAGGCAGACACAACGUUCCAAAAGCAUGAAGAAAAGAGAGUGCAUUCACUUGAAGGAGUUGGACACCUGGCAGCUCAUCUCUCUCAGACAGUAACAAGGUAGAACAAUCUAGCCAAAGUUCUGAAGGAUAAAACCUGUCAAGAAUAAUGUACCCAGCUCAGCCAUCCUUCAGAGAUGUUGGAUAGCAUUUUCUCAAACUAGCCAAUAUGAGUUCAUUAUCUGCCUUACAAGAGAGGGGUUCUUCAAGCUAAUGAAUGCUAUUAGCUAAAGGAUGCUAAUAAGAAACAUGAAGUCAAACAGAGUAUUCUGACACUGAUGGAGGCAUGAAAAUCAUUCCCAUUUUUAAUAAGUCGGAAGUGUUGAAACAAAAGCGGCAACAUUUAGUCAAGGAUAAACAAUAUACAAGAUGUAAUUGUGAACUACAAAAUAGAGUGUAGAAGAAAAGUAUAAAAUAACAAGAACUUGUAACAGGUACAUGGGGUGAAAAGCAAUGAUGCAAACAUAUUUUGAGAAAAACUCAACUUUGAAGAAAGUAAGAGGAAGAAAGAAUCAGCAAAGCAAGUAGAAAACACAGUGCUGGUGAAAGCAGUGGUAACUCAGUACUACCUUCAGUGUGAGCUGAAGUGGAAAUUUCUGGUUUCAUUGGAGACUAGGUUGCGUCAUGUGGUGUUUUUCCGGAAGCUGCCUUAUGAGAGGAUGUUUUGUUGAUAACAUACAUGUGUUUUUCUGGAAGCUGUCUGGUAAAAGGGCAUGUGAUGUUCUGCUGGAGCAGAUGCUUGAGAGGACAUGUGAUGUCUGGAAAGGAUAUAAGUAUAACCCAACUGACACUGGACAACACUCUUGCAUUGCUUCGCUUUGCUUUCUUCCUGAUCUUUGCUUGUCAUGAUUUUGUAGAGAGAAAUGCACCUAAGAAUUGGUGAUAUUCUGGCUACUUCUGUGAAUUCGAGCCAAUUGGUGGAGUCUUAGCAUUUUUUUCUGGAUUAAGCUGCUCCUACACAUUCGUGUUUGGUAUUUUGCUAGUGGACUGGACUGCUGACAACGAAGAUUGGAACUGCCACAAAGAAUUACUUUUAAACAGGUCCACAUCCUUCUUGUCCUGUUAACCAUCUUCCUUCUCUACAUUUGGUCAGUAGGCUAAAAGGGAGGUUGACACAUUUGAGAACCUUUAUUAAAGUAGGUUUUGAAAACUAUAAGCCUACAGUGGUGAAUUAAAUUCAGCAGUUAAAGGCAGAGUAAACAAAUCCCAUCCAUAUGAUGCCUCUACGAGAUUCACUUAACAGAAAUCUGGAUGUGAAGAGAUGACAAAAGAUACUCUAUGAAAUGCAAACCAGGAGAAAAUGGGUACUUACAAUAGACAUUAAGUCAAAAGGUAUAAAAACAGGCAAAGAAAACUUUAUAUAACGGUAAAAGUUUUAAGUCAUCAAUAGUACAAUGUGAACAUGUAUCUACCAUAGAGCUAAAAUAACAAACAUCUGUAAAAAGGAAGACACUGCUGUAUUACAGUGGGAGAGGAUAUGGCUGUUGCUCCAUAUUCAACAACAGGUCAGACAGAAGCAUUGAAACAAUGAACUUAUCUGUGGCUCAGUUUGAAGAGUGCUUGCCUGGCAUAUACAAGGCUCCAAAUUCAAUCCCCUGCACCUCAUAAUCUAGUUUGGUGAUCUAUAUCCAUGAUCCUAGCACAGAGGAACAGAGGCACAAGGGUAAAAAAUUCAGGUCAUUCCCAGCCAAAUAAGAAGUUCAAGGCCACCCUUGAACUGGGAUACAUAACACAUUGUCUCAAAAAAAAAUUACAAAAAACCAUUCACACUGAACUUAAUUUACACUCUUUAUUAAAUGAACCUAAAAGACACUGCACAGUCUCUCCAACAGCAUGCUGUAUCUUCUUGAGUGUAUAGAACAUUGUCCAGGAUGGAUCAUGUGUCUUAAACAAAUUUAAGAAGACAAAUUAUACCACAUAUCUUCCGGGACUAUGAUGAUAUAAAAGAAUAGACCAACAAGAGGAACUUAAAAACUUUACAAAUGUGCAAAUUACAUACCAUGUUCCUUGAAUAACCAGUGAAUUGAGAAUAAAUUAAUUCUAGACUUUUUACACAAAAUGAGGAUAUAAAAAUACAUUCAGUACAAUUAAAUCAUUUCUGAGGGAAGUUUGUACAAAGAAAAUGUCAUUUUAGCACUGCAGAAAUGUCCACGUAAUGUACCAAAACCAAAUCCAAUAUGGUCAGUACAAGAAAAAUUGGAAAGAUCAGAGAAGGAAUACAUUACAAAAGUAACCUGAAAAGUCAAAUCCCAAAUACUGUUUUGAUCACUAGUUUGACACUACAUGUGUAAAUACCAAAUCUGACUUCAUGUGACAGGUUGCAGGCAAAACACAGGCUCACCAAAAGUAAUGUGUACAAUUACCUGGAGGGUAUGGGUACAACGUGUAUUACACUAAGAAUAAACAAAGGCCAGGGAGAUGGUUUAGUACAAAGGGUCAGCUACCACCCAACCUGAUACAUUGAUUUCCACAGUGGAAAAAGAACUAACUCCUGCAAGCUGUCUCGACUCCCAAAUGCAAGGAUGACGAGCACGGCCAUAUCCAUACUCACAAAUAAUAACUAAGAUGAAGAACUAAAGACUGUUUAAUUUGAAAAAUAAAACCAAAGGAUUAAUCUUUUUAA